UUAAAUGCAGGUUGCGCUUGAUUCUUCUUUGUUUAUGUAUAAAAGCCAACCAUUUUAAUAGGCUAUACCAGUAGAACUAGUACUUAUACACUGUAGGUCUAUCUCUAUCUGCUUCAGUGGUCAUUGCUGAAGUGUAUGGGGAGUGGCUCACUGUUUAGGAAGACAGUAGAGAGUGGCAGUGUAGGGUAAAACCUUUAUUUCGGAGCAGUGUUCUCGCCUGCUGAUCCCUCAUGGCGUAUGCAGCAUACUGGAUGAGUCUUUCACAGCCUAGCCAGGCCACACCCAAACUGGCAGCCCAGGUCCCCACGGUGAAGCCUGCACAGUUUGAGAAGGCAUCGUCAGGAUCCUCCAUGGCUACAAAGCCUGGGCUGGUUACCACAGCAACAGGUGGAGCCACACAGAGUGGUGUCACAACAGGAGGAAGUGCUUCAAUUGGGACAGCAGGAAUAGCCAAGCCACAGACUAACACUACGCCAGCAGGUGCUACUGUUAUUGAUAUGCCAUCCGCUGGGGCAACCUUUGUUGACAUGACAUCAGCGGGGGCGAGGGGCAGUCCUAAAGGGAUGUCAAAGACUGCGGCUGUCUCCCAAGUCAAAGCCCCAGCUACAGGUCCAUCUCCUGCUGGUGGAGUGGCUGCAGCCGCUAGCAUCGCAGCGACCACUGCUGUGACCCAACCCAAGGAGUCACCCAAAAGCACAGCCAAGAGUGCCACUGCCACCACAACCGUCAAAGCGGAUGUGCAUAAAGUUGAUCCUGCUAAAACAUCAGAGCCAGUUGCCGUGACUGCAGCUGGAAAUGUAUCUGUGCAGGGGAAGAAAGAAGCUAAACCGACACAAACGAAGGUGCAGGUAGAGGUUCCUCCCGCAACAGCUAAAGGAGCCAAAGAGGUGGAUCCAUUGGAUGCCCUGGCCAGCAUACUGCCAUCAGCUGAGGAUUUUAAACCCAAACAGCCCGUAUACAGCGGGCCAGAAGUCAAAGAGCAUGAAGUCAUUUCUAAGAAGGAUCAGAAGUGUGGAGAAAAAGAGAGCACGCUGCCUCCAGGCUACAGAUUUGAAAAUAUGCCUCCAGUUCCUGCAAAUGUUAAACCCAAGGACGUUCCCAAACCAAUGAGCACAGACGACGCCCUGGAUUCUCUUUCAGAUGGAUUCAUGGCUUCAGCCGUUCCAGCUGCACCCAAAAAGCAAGAGAAAAAGGACAAUGUUGAGAGUGUCAGUGCCUCAUCUGCUGGCCCCGCUAACUUUGCACCACCUCCUGUAAAGAAAUCUCAAAUCCCUGCUGCCAUUCCCCCUGUGGCUGUGUGUCCUGCUCCUCCUGCUGAUAAAAAAGCCAAGAUAGAGAAGGCUACGGGGGAUUUCUCUCUGGAGGCUGGGCUUCCCUCUGCCACUGCCAAGAAAAGUGUACCUCCUGUGGCUGUGUGUCCUGCUCCUCUUGCAGAUAAAAAAGACAAGAUGGGUGGCUCUUUGUCUCUGGAUCCUUUCAGCGCUCUCAGUGACACAUUGCCAAAAGACCAACCAAAACCUGAACUCCCAAAACUCAGACCUGAGGACAUUGUCUCGGAGGACAAACACAAGAAAGAGAAGGGUGUGUUCGUAGGAGAGAGGGAGGACUCACUUCCUCCAGAAUACAGGUUUAAUAAGGACAAACCCCAAAAUCUGCCUGCUCCUAAACCUGAGCCCACCAUAGAUGCUGGUGAAGCUCUGGACUUUUUGUCUGAAGGCUUCACAACCUCCUCAACAGCUUCUGCUGUCCAGGCUCCACCUGCAAAGAAAGCCCCUGCAGUUCCUCCUGUGUCUGUGUGUCCGCCUGUUGUUGACAAAAAAGCUAAGAUGGAGAAAGUCAAGGAUGAUUUCUCUCUGGAGGCUGGAAUUACUUCUUCUACUGCCAAGAAAGUUGAGUCCUGUGCAAUUCCCCCUGGGGCUGUGUGGCCUGCGCCUUCUGCUCCUGUCCCAGUAAAGAAAACUGCUCCUGGAAAGGACGCCACUGACAGCAAGAUCAAGACUGGUCAGGAUGGCUCUAUGUCUCUGGAUCCUUUCAGCGCUCUCAGUGACACAUUGCCAGCAGACCAACCAAAACCUGAACUCCCCAAACUCAGACCUGAGGACAUCGUCUCGGAGGACAAACACAAGAAGGAGAAGGGCGUGUUUGUAGGAGAAAGGGAGGACUCACUUCCUCCAAAUUACAGGUUUAAUAAAAAAGAACUAAAAGAUCUGCCGACUUCUAAACCUGAACCCCCCAUGGAUACUGGUGAGGCUCUGGACCUUUUAUCUGAAGGCUUCAUGACCUCUUCCUCAGCUCCUGCUGUCCAUGCUGCUCCAGCUAAGACCAAAGUAGAGGAUUUGUCAGCUCUGGAUGUACUCUCUGCAGAUUUUGUUGCACCAAAAAAAGCUUCUGGAGUUCAGGCGCAUGCUCCUCCUUCUGCAAAGAAAGCCCCACAGGAUGGCUCUCAGUCUCUGGAUGCUCUCAGUGCUCUCGGUGACACGUUGCCCGUAGACAAACCAAAACCUGAACUCCCCAAACUCAGACCUGAGGACAUUGUCUCGGAGGACAAACACAAGAAGGAGAAGGGUGUGUUUGUAGGCGAGAGGGAGGACUCACUUCCUCCACAAUACAGGUUUAAUAAGGACAAACCCCAAAAUCUGCCUGCUCCUAAACCUGAGCCCACCAUGGAUACUGGUGAGGCUCUGGACCUUUUGUCUGAAGGCUUCAUGACCUCUUCAUCAGCUCCUGCUGUCCAUGCUGCUGGCAUCACCCCCUCAGCUCCUCCUGCAAAGCCCUCUGCAGGCUUUGCUUUGAAUGCCUCAGCGGCAGAAUUUGUUUCCUCCACUGCUGCUUCGACGGUGAAGUCCGCUGCUUGUGUUCCCACAAAAACUGCUCAAGAGCUGUCCGGGGGAGCAGACAAUGCCAUGGAUGCUCUGUCAGACACCUUGAAGGAUAUCACACCCGCCCCUCAACCUGCACCACUUCCUGCCAAAGACAUUGUCAAGGAGAAAAAGGUUGUCGAAGAGAAGCUGAUUAAGAUGGGGGAGAGAGACGACUCGCUGCCACCAGAGUAUCGGUCAACUGAGAAAGAACUUAAGAAAACAGCAGAAGCACAGGCAAAAGCAGCUGCUGUACCCAAGAAGAAGGCUAUGGAUGAAAAAGCAGCCUUGGACGUGCUGUCCAGUGACUUCUCUAGUGCUCCCACCGUUCCCCCAGUCACAUCCCCUGCUGGCACCAUAAAGCUGGAUCCUCCUGUCCUGGAUUCAAGGCCCCUGAAGCAAAUGACUGGUACUGUCCUGGACUCCCUGUCUGACACCCUGCUCCCAGAUGCCCCAGAGUUCAAAUCUAAGAUGGACAAACCAAAGGGCAAGAGCAAGUCAAAGUCAAAGUCUAAAAAACACCAUGCAGAGGAGCCGUCUGCCGCUGACCAGCUAUCAGAUCAACUUAGCUCAGACGUUGUGCCAACAUCUACAAAGAAGGGAGGCAAGAGCUAAACCACUUGGUUGUCGGCAGAAUUUGUCCUCCCGGCCACAGGGACGCAUCAGUGAGGGAGCUGCUUUCUGGAUAAUGAUUUUAUUUUUCUAACUUGUCAAGAAUGUAUACUGGAUGAAAGACAGACCUAGACAUACCCAUAAGACACACACACACACACACGCACGCACGCACGCACGCACGCACGCACACACACACACACACACACACACACACACACACCACACACACACACACACACACACACACACACACACACACAUACACACACACACAUACACAUACACACACACACACACACACACACACACACACUCUGCAUGCGGUGCCUUUUUUGUUUCACAUGUAUUUAUGGAAGAGAAGGUAUAGGUUUCAGUCAUUGGAAAAAAAGAAAAGAUUAUAAAACAAAAUGGAAAAUGAAAGUGAGUGGUGAACGGGUGUAAAGUAAGGAGGGAUACUUUGGGGAAUGAGAGAAGAUUAAGUCAAGUGAAAAUCUUUACUUUUGUUGGUUGAUGUGUUGAGCAUGCUGAGGGAAGGAAGGCGUUCCUCGUCAGACUCCUGUAUCUACAUUAAAGCUGAAAGGUUUCCAAUGAAACACUAAUAUCACAACAAACUGCUAAUCUAAGCUCUGUGGUGUUGUGGCGUUGGUUGGACCAGUGGUGACCGUCAGCUUGUGUGGGAGCAGUAGGGCGUGGGUGUAGGAUUGGGAUGUUUGUGCAAUUUGAAUGUACACAGAAAAGCCAAGUUUUCUAUCAUGAUGUGGUAAGAUGCCAUUAAGACACUAGUGGACAGCUUAGUUUGCUUAUAUUUUGGACAAUACAUAGUUUACAUAAUUAAAUAUGUGGAGGGUUCUCAGGAGGUAUUCUGCUUAAUUCUGUAUCCAUCCCUUGCAAAUGCCUUUGACUUUCUGUAACAAAAAUAUGCUGGUGUCCAGAAGUGCACUUAGUGAACCAAGGUGGUUACAAGCUUUUAAAACUGCCCUUGUUUGUAUACUGUAAAAACAAAAGAAGAAGAAAAAAAAGAUUUUUUUGUUCUAUAUAAGACAACACUGUAUAAUUUACAAAGGGCUUUCAACUGUAAAGUUAAAAAGCAAUGUACUGGCCCCCAUUUUUUUUUUCAUGUCAAAGGUGUUAUGUGUGUGUAUGUGAGUCAAACGAUAUGAGAGGUAUUUUAGGAUGUGGGAAGAGUAAUUCAAUAAAAUAAGAUC